AUUCCCUCCCUCCCUCCCUCCAUCUUCUCUUUCUCUUUCUCUCUCUACCCUUUUUCACUUUAGCUUUCAUACCAAGUAACAAUUUCUCAACUAUUAUACAUGUCAAGCCGACUCCUUUUCUCUAUCUAAUUCACCCAUUUCCAAAUCCCAUUCAAACCCAGUUCUAAUGGGGGAAGGGAUUGCAUUCCGACCAAAGCCCCAAAUGCAGCCAUCACCCGAAAUCCUAGACCAGAUCAAUCGCCUCCUUUCUAAUCUCCUCCACUCUUCUUCUUCAAUCAAGUCUUUUACAGGCCGAUGGCAGGUAAUUCAAUCCAAGAUCGCCUGUCUCAAAUCAUGUGUUACUGAAAUCUCCGAUUCUCCUCACUGGUCUGAAAACCCUCUUCUCCAAACUCUCCUUCCCAACCUUCAUUCCAUCCUCAUUCGCAUUCAAACCCUCGCUGACCGCUGCUCCGACCCUACUUUCAAUGGUGGCAAACUCCUCAUGCAGAGCGACCUCGAUAUGGCCGCCGGUUGGCUUUCCAAGCAAAUUCACGAUCUUGAUAUCUUACUUAGAUCCGGCGUGCUUCGUCAGUCAACUGCUAUUGUUCUAUCUCAACCAGGCCCUGGCUCGGAUAAAGAGGAUUUAGGGUUUUUCAUACGAGACCUUUUCACAAGGUUGCAGAUCGGAGGGAUUGAGUUUAAGAAGAAGGCUUUGGAAUCUCUACUUCAAAUCCUAAAUGAAGAUGAGAAAGCGGCGAACUUGGUUUCGAAAGAAGGGAAUAUCAGUUGUUUGGUGCAUCUUCUCGAUCUGAAUAAUCAUUCUUCUAUUAGGGAACAGGCGGUAACGGUCGUGUCCAUUCUCGCUUCCUCGGGUGAGCAGUCUAGAAAAUCGGUUUUCGAAGAGGGAGGAUUAGGGCCUUUGCUUAGAAUCGUUGAGUCUGGUUCAAUGCCGUUGAAGGAGAAAGCUGCCAUGGCGGUUGAAGCAAUCACUACCGACGUCGAUAACGCUUGGGCGAUUUCUGCAUACGGGGGCGUGUCAGUUCUGAUCGAAGCUUGUCGUACGGGAUCAUUGACGACGCAAGCAUAUGCAGUUGGGGCUAUUAAGAAUGUGUCCGCAGUUGAAGAUAUUAGAUCUGCAUUGGGGGAAGAAGGUGCUGUUCCUGUCCUGGUCCAGCUUCUAGUUUCUGGGUCUGUAGCAGCACAGGAAAAAGCGGCUAACUGUCUCGCCAUUCUGGCGUCUUCAGGCGAACUUUUCCGCUCUAUGAUAAUCCAGGAAAAGGGUUUGCAAAGGCUUCUGCAAUUGCUUAAGGAUUCUUCUAGUUCGGACACCUUACAGCAUGUUUUGCGAGCAAUUCUCUCACUUUCCUCGUCCGAUUACAUAUCUCGAACUCUAUCAUCUUCUGCAACAUUCAUAAUCCAAAUCACCGAGCUCAUCAAACACGGCAACAUACUUCUCCAGCAAAUUUCUGCUUCCCUGCUCUCGAAGCUGUCAAUUAGCGACGGAAAUAAGCGGGCCAUAGCUGGAUGUAUGGGGACUCUGUUGAAGCUCAUGGAAUCAUCUAAGCCAGACGGGUUGCAAGAAGUGGCAGCGCACGCUUUAGUGACUCUGCUGUCCGUUAAGUGUAAUAGGAAAGAUUUGGUUAGAGAUGAGAAGAGUCUGAUGCGAUUGGUACAGAUGCUCGAUCCAAAGAUUGAUAUGGUACCCAAGAAGUUUCCACUGCUGAUAGUUUCAGCCAUCAUGGCGGGUGGGAGUCAGGGUUGCCGGAAGAGACUGGUUGCAGCCGGUGCUUAUGGGCAUUUGCAGAGGCUGUCGGAGAUGGAAAUUCCGGGAGCAAAGAAGGUCUUACAGAGACUUUCCGGUAACCGGCUCAAAAGCAUCUUCAGCCGGAGUUGGAGGGAAUAACAUGAAAAGUCACUAACCCCGCCACAGGGAAGAAAAAUAAAAAGAUAUCUGGAUGAAUUCGUUUGGACUCUUCUUCUAACCACUGGAAGUCAUCAGAAAGCUACUUUCUCUGAAAGGCAAGCAACAACACAGAUAAAACAACCAUCCCAUAUACUUGUGUAAUAUAGGGGGGGAGGGAUUCAAUAUAAUUUUAUAUACACAUGAUUGAUGAAAACCUAAAAAAAAAUUGAUAAAAAAAGGUUCCUGAAUUAACAGCUACAAUAUGGUGGCUGAAGAUGGAUGCGUUGUUUUUGUGGAGUAUCCUGUUUUUUAAUUUUUUUAUUUUAUAACCUUUUUGAAGAGUGAGUGGUUUGUGAAGAUGAUGAUAAUGCAAGAGAGGCAGUACUAAUAUAUGUUGUAAUUACUGUCUGUUUAUUUACAAUAUUUGUCUAAGUGUGAUAAUGUAAAUUGAAGGAAUCCUGAAUAUAUAUGAAUAGCUAGAUAGCUUGUGUUCUGUCCUGUA